GUCGUCUUCAACCCUGAGAGAGAGAGGGAAGUGUGAAUCAUCUCGGAUCGUCUCCGCCCUUGCCUAUCCCAAAAGUGUCUCCGAAAUUAGUAGAGAAUGAGAAUCGUGGGGCUAACGGGAGGCAUAGCGUCUGGGAAGAGUACAGUCUCCAACCUCUUCAAAGCUAAUGGCAUUCCCGUUGUUGACGCUGAUGUCGUUGCUCGAAAUGUAUUGAAGAAAGGAAGUGGUGGAUGGAAAAGAGUAGUUGCAGCUUUUGGGGAGGAGAUUCUUCUUCCUAGUAGAGAAGUGGAUCGCCCAAAACUCGGUCAGAUGGUCUUCUCUUCUGAUUCCAAGCGCCAACUUCUAAACAAGCUGAUGGCUCCGUACAUAUCUUCUGGUAUCUUUUGGGAGAUUCUGAAACAAUGGGCAAAAGGAGCUAAAGUGAUAGUUGUUGAUAUCCCUUUGUUGUUCGAAGUAAAGAUGGAUAAAUGGACUAAACCCAUUGUCGUUGUGUGGGUCAGUCAAGAAAUACAGCUCAAGAGAUUGAUGGAGAGAGAUGGGCUGAGUGAGGAAGAUGCCAGAAACAGAGUGAUGGCUCAGAUGUCUUUGGAUUUAAAAAGGAGCAAAGCUGAUGUUGUGAUCGAGAAUAAUGGCGGUCUCGAUGACCUCAAGCAACAGUUUGAUAAGGUAUUGUCUGAAAUCAGAAGACCAUUGACAUGGACUGAGUUUUGGCGUUCAAGGCAAGGAGCCUUCUCGGUUCUUGGUUUGCUGACUUCAGGACUCGUUGUUUGCAAACAGUUCAAUAUGGGCUCUUAACAUUUGCUUAUAAUAUUAGUUGGUUUGGCUACACAUAGAGUGGAAGUAAUCUUUCAAAGGAAACAUGUACGCUCCAGACUUUAAAGGUUCUAUUUCAAAAUAAAAUUAAACCCUACAAAAUUUAAAUAUAUUUAUAGACUUUCUCAUAGGGUUCUGUAACAUUUACA